AUGGCUUACAGUGCGAAGAUCGGUCCGUCCAUCCUGAGCAGCGACCUGUCCUGUCUGGGCAGCGAGUGUGUGCGGAUGAUGGAGUGCGGUGCGGAUUACCUGCACCUCGACGUUAUGGACGGGCAUUUUGUCCCCAACCUUACAUUUGGCCAUCCCAUGGUGGAGUGCCUCAGGAAGUCAGUAGGCCAGGAUCCCUUCUUUGACAUGCACAUGAUGGUGUCACGCCCAGAACAGUGGGUGAAACCCAUGGCUGCAGCUGGAGCCAACCAGUACACAUUCCACUUAGAGGCCACCACCAACCCUGGAAGUCUCAUCAAGGACAUACGAGAGAGUGGCAUGAAGGUGGGUUUGGCUAUAAAGCCCGGUACUACAGUAGAGGAACUUGCCCCCUGGGCUAACCAGAUCGAUAUGGCUCUGGUCAUGACAGUAGAACCUGGCUUCGGAGGACAGAAGUUUAUGGAAGACAUGAUGCCCAAGGUGAGUUGGUUGAGAAGUCAGUUCCCUUCGUUAGACAUUGAAGUAGAUGGAGGAGUCGGACCUGACACCAUUCACAAAUGUGCUGAGGCAGGAGCCAACAUGAUUGUGUCAGGCAGUGCUGUCAUAGGCAGUGACGACCCUCGUUCUGUCAUCGCUCUUCUACGUACCGUGGUGGCCGAAGCAAUCCAGAAACGUUCUCUUGACCGUUGAGAUGUCCUCUUUGUGGAAGUCCCCAGGGUGUCUCUACCUCCCACACCACAGUAGCCAGUGGACAGACUCAGCAGAUACAAUAUGGACAUUUCUGGGGUAUAGGUCAAGGGACAUGGUCAGAGAAGGGGGGGCUUCUGUGGGGGUGUCCAUAUACAGAUCACCUGUGAAGCUGCGUUCGGCUGCUACAAAACAGUUUAAACCUCAUCCUGUCCUGCUAAAAUCUCUUCUCUGAAGUCAGAGUGAGUCUCAGUCUGGAAACAACCAGAUGAAGACUGUGGCUGAGGUUAUGCUGAUUUCACACCAGUUAACAUUCCUGAAUAUCGUUUUUGACUUACAAUGUAAGUUUCAAAGUAAAACUAAGUAUAGAAAUAAAAUGGAGCACUGUGUGUAGUAAAUCUGUUUUCACAGCCAUCCUGAAUCAUGUUCCAUAACAUCGGUUUCUGCUCCUUAAUGUUUUGUCAAACUGGACCAUCAUCAAACUACUGAGUAAAAGUGUUGUGCACUAUAAAAUUAAUGGGAUUCUUUUGGAUUAAACAUUUCUUUGCAGUUCGACCUUGUCUUUGGUUUAACGCACCAAACUGGAAAAACAUGUUGACAGGAAUGCAGUAAAUACACAGCAAACUGCUAAA